AUUGCAAGAAGAAGGAAAAAGUUAGUCAUAAUUUUGUAGGGAAAUGGCUCUAAAGGUUUUUCUCGGUCUCUUUGUUACGUUAAGCGUCACAGUGGGUGUACGUUUACAAUAUCAAACCGAUUGUGUUAAGAUUAUAAAAGAUAAUAAGUUUCCAUUUGGGUUUUUCCCCGAAGGUCUAGAGCGUGAAGAGUCUGUUUGGGAAAAUGUAGUUCGUAAAAUCGCAAAUGUCACAAAUAAUUGCCUUAAGGCUAUUAAGGAGGACAAACGUCCUUGCGAUCAUGGGCCAAGGAUGAAAAUCACGUUCCCGGUCAUCUCUCAGAAUCCCACAAUUCCACCGAAAGUGCUACCAAGACCUUACUUAGCUACGAAGGAAAACCCGACCAACGCUGCAAGCCAAAUUUUAAGCGCUUGUGCUCAAAUAUGGAAGCUGUUUGUUUUUUCCUUGAUGGCGGCUACAAUAUCGGGAAUCAUAAUCUGGUUUCUGGAUCACAGAGCAAACUCCGGGAAUUUUCCACAGUCAUUUUGGCGAGGGACUCUAGAAGGUUUGUGGUGGGCAAUAGUUACCAUGACAACAGUGGGCUAUGGUGACAAGACGCCGAAGUCAUUCCUGGGGCGAGUUUACGCUUCACUCUGGAUGUUUACUGGAAUGUUGCUGACGACAUCCUUUACUGCCCAGAUCGCCUCCGUCAUCACAGCUGAUGGUCUCCGCCCUUUGGAUGAGGAAUUUGGUUACAACAUCGGCGUGCCUUAUGGAAGCAAGGAAUUUUUCGCAAAUCAACGCGAGGGAGCUAACUUGAUAGGUAUAUGCUGAAUAUUCCGUUAGGUUUCAAUUUUUAUCUUUUACCUUCGCACGUUGAUCAAGCCCAACAGAAUUAAUUUGAAUCUUCUAACUAUAAUUUCAUUUUAUCAGUCUCCCUUAGCAUCACUACGAUUUGUGAUGACGCAAGUAGUCAGCUUACCUACACAUCCAUCUAUCUACUCAUUCGUCAACCAAUCGACCAACCCAAGCACCUUCACAUCCAACAACCCCUCCC